ACUUUUUCAGAAGAAGAAAAUGGCAGAGAAAGACGGCAUAAAGACAGACAAGGCAGCCUAUCUAGACUUCGAAAGUAAAAAAAAACCAAGUCAAGCUCUAACUGGCAAGGAUACUCAAAGUCCAAAAGAAUUACCUAAAGCUGCAGGUACAACAGCACGACAUGCGACUGUUUCAAAACACAACAUUUCAAGACCCGAGUCUCCUCAAACGCCGUAUAAAGAGACAGAUACCUCAUCGUCAUCAGAAGAAAACAGGACCGAACAGCAUUCUGGCUGCGGUAUUUCCAAGACGGACACGAGAAUAAGACAGGAAAGAAGUUGGUCACAUAAAGAAAUGGACGUCUUCAAAAGGCCAAUGUGCUUAAUAAGUACUGAGAAGGAGAAUGUUCUAUCGAUUGAAGAAGACGUACUGGAGCAAAUAUCGAGAAUAGAUUGUCCAUUGGUUAUAAUUGCCAUUGUUGGACUUUACCGAACAGGGAAGUCUUACCUAAUGAAUAGGUUAGCACAGGCAGAUGAAGGGUUUGCCCUUGGCAAUACCGUUCAGUCGAAAACAAAGGGCAUAUGGGUCUGGUGUCGUAUUCAUCCUAAAAAACCGAACACCGUCUUAGUUUUGCUUGACACUGAAGGACUUGGUGAUGUUAAAAAGGGAGAUCCCAACCACGACAACCGAAUUUUCACUUUAGCCGUUUUGCUUUGCAACACUCUUGUCUACAAUACGAAGGGUGCAUUUGACCAGGAUGCUGUAAAUAAACUAACUAGCGUUCACAGGUUUGUUACCAAAAUGUCAAGAAACAUACGUUUUGAUGGUCGAUGUGAUGAAAAUAAUGAAGCUCUCAAAGCAGUUCUUCCAGAAUUCGUCCUCUGUCUAAGAGACUUCCAUUUCUCGCUUUUUGUAGACGGAGUGGGAAUGCUGACGGAGGACGAAUAUCUUGCAUACUGUUUAAAGCAUGAAGAAAAUAUGGAUGAAAGUUAUAACAAACCAAUACAGUGUAUUCGAGACUUCUUUUCGAGCAAAAAAUGCUUCACGCUGCCAUUUCCAUGUGACGGAGAUACUCUUGCAAAGCUUGAAACUCGCAAAUUUGAUCAACUUUCCAAGAGCUUUCAAGAAGCAACUGCCCGUUUUGUAUCUUAUAUCUACAGCAAAGAUCCAAAGGAACUCAUUGUGAGCAAACCCGUAAACGGAAAAAUGUUUGAAGUUCUAACGACAAAGUAUGUUGAAGCGCUUAAAAAUAAUGCAGUACCAAAUGUAGACGAUGCUUUUACUGCCGUGGCUAAAAAAGAAAAUGCUAGAAUGGCUGCUGAAGCAUUAGAAAUAUUUGAAUCUCAGAUGAAAUCAGUUGAGCUACCAAUACCAACAGGUACAUUGGGAGAUCUUUACAGAAACGCUCAGCAACUGGCGUUGAACUACUUGAACCCAAAAGUUGUGCUUGAUGGAAACAACAUCUGUAAAAAUAAAACAAAGUUGAAAAUGGACAACAUCUGGAAUAAAAAGAAGGAAGAAAAUACUAAGAAGUUACGAGAUUUAUGCGAGAUCACUGUACAACAGAAGAAUGAAGCUAUUCUUGCACCAGACAUCAAAAAUAAAGCAUACCAUAAGGCCGGAGGAUUUAGACACUACAAACGUGAUAUUGAGCAAAUGAGGGAAGAAUACUUUCAUACACUUAAUGAUUUCGAUGAGCAUGAGACAAUUAAUUAUGCCACCCGACACCCACCACCGCCACCCGCCACCUCUACUUCCACCACCACCACCACCACCGCCGCCAACCACCACCACCGCCACCCGCCACAGCCGCCACAGCCACCACUACCACCCGCCACCCACCACCACCACCGCCAUAGUCACCGGCCACCACCACCACCAACAACAUCACCACCACCCGCCACCACCACCAACCGCCACCACCACCACCGCCACCCGCCACCGCCACCACCCCGCCCUUCGCCACCGCCACCACCAUCGCCAACAACACCACCAUCCACCACCUCCAACCGCCACCCGCCACUGCCACGCACCACCGCCGCCGCCGCCACCCGCCAACCUAUUUGCCGCAUUAUCCGAAUAAUAUCGGAUAAGAAAUGA